AUGUCUUUCCCCCAGGACCCUCGCCGCCGUCGCGGUGGAGCCGGCACUGGCUUCAGCUCAACCGGAAGACGGACCGCCAUGGGUUACUGGAUUCCCCUCGCCCUCACCACGACGAAGACGAUCGCCCCCAUGAUGGGGGAGACGGCCAUCACCCCCCCUCCUCCUGGUUCUGUCAGCAGUGGCUAUCCUCCUCCUCCAUACGGCGCCGGAGAAUAUACAAGAGGCGCUGGAACGGAAGCGAUGCCUGGGGAUAACCCCUACGAUCCUAGUUUCAUGGGUCGCAUGCAAGGUGCCUUGCGCCGAACACCUAGCCCUCAACAGAUCUUUGAUGGCGCAAGUCGAAGGGUCAUGGCUGGCGUGACAGCCGCUGGAGCAUAUGUUGGCGGUGCGCUAACUUCAAUACGUGAAGAAAACCGCGGUGACUUUGAAGACCACACUAGGUGGUCAGAGGAGGCCCGGUCCCGAGCUACCGAAAGAGGUCAACAAACCCCUACUGCACCGACCAUGAGUGGCGCGCUCCCUAGUCGUGGACCUGCCACCGGACAACAUGCAAUUGAUAAAAAGAAGAAGACUGUUGCCAUUGUUGUGUCCUCUCUCUCCCCAGCUGACUCUGAUGGGUUUGCCUCUGAACACGCAUCUAUUUUGUCUCAUCUGCCCGAGCAUGUGAACUUGGAUAACUCGCGCAUCUUUGUGUUGAUCUAUGCCCCGGACUUGAAGCACGCCAUUGGGCAGGGAAGCUCUUCACGCCCCACCACCUCGAUCGCCUCGUCCUAUUCCAAUAUCGCAACAGAAGAGGGUACAUCCCCUGGUGAAGUGACUGGCGACGACCUCACAACUGUGGCUCACCGUCAAGAAGACGACCUUGAUAGCACAAGCCCCUUCUUCAACACCUUGUACACUCAGGCCCAGGCGCUAGUUGAAAAGGAGAGCAUGAUUAUGCCAUUCAGUACAUCCAGCGGCUACGUACAUCUUGUGCGUCAUCUGUCUCCCGACCUGGUCUACGUUCAGGAGUCUCUUACUGGCAGCGAGGGCGAUGCUGUCCAGCACAUCUCGGGCUGGGUUCGCCAAGUCAUUGUCGUUGUUGGAGAUGAGGGCGGCCGUGGCGGGCUCAUUGACAGCGAUGACGAGUCCGCUCUUGCCGAUAAAGGCGAGAAAUGGUGGCAAAAAGAAGGCACCACUGGGAUUGGUAAGCGUAUUGAUGUGGUCGAUGUCCUCCGUGUAGGAGAUGACUGGCGACGUCGAGUCUCUGGCAUGGACUAA